UAUGAAAUACUUUAUUGUAAUUGCACUAUUAGUGAGUUUGAAUCAAUGUAUCAGCUUCUAUGCUAAAGAAGGAGUAGAAAAGUGCUUCUCAGAUGAAGUACCAAGUCAAACUGUAAAUACAUUCAAUUAAUACUCUAGAUUGUAGUGAUUUAUCAUGAAUUGAUGUCUGAAGGCGUGGCCAAAAAUGAAAAAAGAGGUACUCUUUCAUUCUAUGCUUAGACAUACCAAAAAUGAUUAAAGAUGGAAUCACUCUAAAUGUGUAUGGCCCUGAUGGCAACAUAGUGAAAACUGCUAAAACUGUGGAAGGAAAGAACAAAUUGUCAUUCACUGCAAAAACAAGUACUCAUCUAAUCUAUUUGACAUAGUGGGCAGAUACAAGUUCUGUGUCAUUAAGUCCAAGUAAUUUUGGAGUGUUAAUGAGUAUAAAUACUCCAUCAAAAUACAACAAGGAGUUGAUCAUAAUCUACAAGAUGCUGCAAAUAAGACUCAUGUUGAAUCAAUCAAAGGUAUCACAAACAUUUUACUAUUUAUUCAAUAGACAGAAUCUCAGCCUUAAAAAACAGAACAGAUGAUUUCAUUUCCCUUUAAUAAUUAAAUCGAGAAUAAGAAGAUAAAUUGACAACUCAAUCCAUUGAUAUCAGUAGAAGAGUUACUCAAACUACAAUUCUAUAAAUAGUCGUUCUUCUAGCAUCUGGAGUCUAUUAGAUUUGGAGCCUUAAGAAGUUCUUUAAAUAGAGAUUUUUGAUGUGAUGUUUAUUUUAUUAAAAAUUCAAUGCUUCUGAAUCA